UGCUGGGGGCCCGCGAGCGGCGGCGGGCGCAGCGGCGCGUGUUGAUAAGGGGCCGAGCUACGAAGCGGCGGCCUCAGAGGCACCUUGACCAGCAGUGAGGGCGGCCGGCCAGAUAGCCAGUCAGCCAAGGCUCAAACAAACCAACAAAUCCCGCGCAUUUCCAAACCUUAGUGACUUUGGAUCCCCGCGGGUUGCAGUGUAGAUGCCCCGAAGAUGAACGGCGGCGGGAUCGGCACAGCGAUGCAGCCAGCCGUCCGCGCUGAGGGCCCAAGUUUCCCGCCGCACGGCGGAGAGGGCGUCUCGUGGGAGUUGGCCGAGCCUUGCCCGCCGCAGCAGCCGCGUAGCAAGGGCUCCAAGCGGCGCUCCAGCUCCCCGGAGCUCCUGCGCUGCAAGCGGCGCCUGGCUUUCCCGGGCCUGUCCGGCGGCGGAGGCGGGGCAGCGGCGGUGGCCCGUCGCAACGAGCGCGAGCGCAACCGGGUCAAGCUGGUCAACCUGGGCUUCCAGGCGCUGCGGCAGCACGUGCCCAACGGCGCCGCCGCCAAGAAGAUGAGCAAAGUGGAGACGCUGCGCUCCGCCGUCGAGUACAUCCGGGCCCUCCAGCGCCUCCUCGAGCAGCACGACGCCGCCGGACCCGCCGCCGCCGUGGCCGCCUUCCCCGAGGGCCUCCUGGCCAACGCCGUGGCGGGGAACGGAGGGCUCCUGGGCGGCUGCCCCUACGCCUCGGCCUCAGCCUCGCCUGCCUUCGAGGGGCGCGGAGGCAGCUCGGUGCCCGGCUCGCCCCGCUCGGCCUACUCGUCCGACGAGAGCGGCUACGAGGGCGCCCUCAGCCCCGAGGAGGAGCAGGAGCUGCUCGACUUCACCUGCUGGCUGGGCAGCUACUAACGACCCCUCGCCCUCCCUCCGCGGCAGCAGCACUGCGUAGAACCUCAGUACCUCAUUGUUCCAGACGCCUGUUAAGCUGCAGUAGAAGAGCAGCAGGAUACCUAUCUAACCCGUUUCCUACUUUCCUUGAGCUUCAUUCCAGAGGUGGCUUGGUGACCAGAUUAUUGUGGCAUCUGACAUCACUGUUUCAAUGCUCUUUUGGGAAGCAAAAGACUGGUGUCUUGUGAUACUUCUCUCUUUCUCUUUUUAAAAAAGUGCAAUUAUGUAAAUAAUAAGGGCCACAGUUUUUACCUGCUGUUGUACAGUAGUUUAUGGUGCCCUGUUUACUUUUGAACUACCAAUGAAAAGGCUUGUUUCUGGAUCCAGUUGAUAGAGAAUUUACUGGGCUUCCACUAUUAAAUGUAUGUGUAUGUUUCAAUGUGGGAAGAGGUGAGAUAAUUAAAACUUGAUGCUUCCUUUUUCUGAGUGGGAAGGGGAAUAUUUUAAUGUCAAAAUAGACUUUAUAUGUGUAACUUGAACUCCCCAUGGAACACUGUUAAUAUGAAGACUUAUUUUUGUACAAAAACUCCUUAGAAAUUGCAAGAAAAGAAUAAACAUUUGUAGAAGUCCGCUGCACCCUUGACUUCUUAACACUGCCAGCUAGGAUGUUUUGAGAACUUACCCAAUUUAGAUAAGUUUCUUAACAUUUUGUAUUAAAUGAGGGUAAAAAGUGUUUGUCUUAAAUAUGAUGUCCAAGUUUUUGCUUGUUUGUCUUCUUGGAUCUUGUGUGAAGGUUCAUUUAUUGGGGGGUGGAGGAGAAGAAGAAAGACAAACACUGAAGUUUUAUUUUUAACGUACUGAAGGUAUUUUUGUAUGCACUUCUUAGGAUUUGUCAAGUUGUAUAUAUGCAGUUUUUAAAGAGUAUCCUAUUUUAUGUAAAUCAACUUUAUAAAUAAAAUCUAUUUAUAAGUG